GCUUCAUGGUGGGCCACUCCGGACUGUACCAAGCCAUCUUCAUGUUCCUGUUGAUGUAUUUCAUCAUCUGCAUGACGGUGCUGUCGGUCUGCGCCAUCUCCACCAACGGAGCGCUGGACGCCGGGGGGGCCUACUACAUGAUCAGCAGAGCGAUGGGUCCGGAGUUCGGAGGAAGCAUCGGCAUCAUGUUCUUCCUGGCCAACGUGUGCGCCUGCGCCCUCUUCGUGCUGGGCCUGGUGGAGGCCAUCGUCGACACCUUCGGGAUGCCGGAGGGUGCGUUUCAUUUGAACACCUUGAGAAAAAGCUUCCAGAUCGUUUAG